UGAGCCUGAGAGUCACUUCCAGUAUAAAUUUCCCACUCGAUGUUCUCCUGCUUGGAAGCUCUCUCCUUCCUCCGACCGUGGCGCUUCGCACGUACUGCUCUCCCCUCCCUGCGCAGCACAGCGGCGGAAGUAGUAGAUGAUACCAGGCCGCAAUGGAGACGGCCGCAUCGUCGGGGACGGGGAACUUUCCGGUGGACAACGGUGAGAUUUGGACGCCGAUGUACUCCGGUACUCUGAACAUGGGCUCGUCUUCUAUUCAUCCUCCAACCCAGAUGGAGGUUGAAUUUAAUUCAGCAUAUGACGAUGAUGCCACCACAGAGAUCCAACGGUUACUAGAAGGACCCCAAGAUGAGCGUAGCCUGGAUGAAUGUUUGGAAGGCUGCAGUGAUCAGCCCCAGAAUAUGCAGCAGCAGACACUGCAAUGUAUCUGUGACUGUCUCGAGAACAGCGAGUGGGCUACUACAGAAGCACCUGCCAAUAUAACGUGUGUCCUGGCUACUCAUUCAGAUGGUAAAAACUCUGUCCAUCAAGGUCCACUCAGUCCUUCUACUUAUAUGAGGGAGGAAAUCCUUGCUCCUGAUAUAGAAUGUGAAAUUUAUUCACCAACUAAGGACGAUUGCAUGACAACGCGAGCAUGUAUGGACUCCAAAAUAGAUCUCCUAGAUUGCAUACCAAAGAGAGAUGUGAGGCGUGCCCGGAGAGGUCUUCGUAAGAGAAGAACAAUUUCGUUGCUAAGCAUGAAACAACCUUUGCUUCUGUCUAGCCAUUUUGGGAACCCACCAUUCCCCUGGAAUAUGCCAUCUGCAAGUAAAGGUAAAAAACGUGGACCUAGAAAAAACAACGAUCACUGGACAACUGAAGAAGUGAUUAAACUAGUGGAAGGUGUAUCCAAGUACGGUGUGGGACGAUGGACUGAAUUGAAGAAACAAAAGUUCUCAUCAUCAGUUCGAACAGCUGUGCAUCUUAAGGAUAAGUGGAGGAAUCUAUUAAAAGCUUGCGAGGUCAGAUUUACCUCUACAAAUCAGGGAAGAGCCCAAAACAGGAGGUUGCUUCGUCUAGAUAGUAAGUUGAUGAAAAAGAUACGGAGGCUAAGACAUGCCCACCCUUGUCCAAAACCAAGCGGCACAUAGGAAUUAUACAAGAAACAUUGUUUAGGACUUUUGGAGGUAUCCGUGAGUUAGCUACAAGAUUCUGCCUUUUUAUUUUUAAUGACAGAGAAGCGUAGGUUUACAAAGUAAGUUUGUAGAUGGUAGAGAGUAGAUUGAACCAGCUAGCUAGAGGGGAACAACUUGUAUGUCCUGCCUAACCGCCUUGUGAACUAGUAUCUUGGUAAUGAAAUGGAGGUAACCACGAGGCAAACGUGGUAAGCUAUCUUCAAAAUUUCAUUAAAAAACAAAGAAAUGGAGGUAGCUGUCCUGCUUUUUUGUGUUCCGUUGUCAAGCUAACAUUAUUUGAAGACUAGAAAUGGGUCGCCUUUUUUGCUAAAAUGCUUAGCAGGUCUACACACAAAUGGUUUACAUUUUCUUGUGGAUCUUAGUAUUCUGAUAAACAGUAGCAGCUUGGUGAAGUACAGGGAUGGGGAUCUGGGGGUGAAAAAGUGUAAAACACUAUGAUUGAACGCAAGUGGUUUAUUAACUUGGUACUAGAGUUUUGUUUU